AUGUUGGUCUCCAAGUCGAACCGCAUUGCAGUGUACUCGUACCUGUUCAAAGAAGGGGUGAUGGUCGCCAAGAAGGACUUUGCGCUGCCCAAGCACGAGGCCGUCGAUGUGCCCAACCUGCAGGUGAUCAAGCUCAUGCAGUCGCUCAAGUCGCGUGGCUACGUGAAAGAGACGUUCAACUGGCAGUGGUUCUACUGGUACCUCACGAACGAAGGCAUUGAGUACCUGCGCUCGUACUUGCACCUGCCUGCGGAGAUUGUGCCGGCGACGCUCAAGAAGCAGGCGGCGCGUUUGACGCAGCCGCAAGGCCCGUCGUCGGGCGGCUUUGGCCGUGGCAACCGCUUUGACAAGGACAAGGGCAUGGGCCCGUCGGGCGACUUCAACCCGGAAUUCCGCCGUGGUGGCCAGGACGGACCUCGUCGUGGAGGGCCCGACGGCUACCGUCGCGAGGCGUCGAACUAA